GUUUUGAUCUGAAGCGAAUACGUGGGCUGUGUCCGAAAUCGCAUACUAACGUACUACUCAUACUAAGUGUGACGUCAAAAUAAGUAUGUAGUGCGUUCACACUGGAUAGUAUGAAAAGACUGAGUACGCGAGAAAUACCCGGAUGUAUACUAUAUCCGGAAAAUUUUUAAGUAUGCGCGGCUGUCUCCACACUUGUCAUACUCAACCGCCCCAUAAUGCUUUGCGAGCUACCCACCGAAAUGCAAGCCUCCGCGGGAUCUGUGGCCGGACCGGGGCGAUUUUUAUUUUAUUUAAUGUGGUUAAGUAGUCAUCCUAAUCACCCCACAGAUUUGAGAAAUAGGCGUUUUCUGACCAACGUUUUAAAUUUGUCAGACGCCUCACAACGUGCUACUGAAUGCUAGCAGCUCGUUGCAGCAGCUCGCUUUGCAUACAGAACAAGUAGCAGCUACCUCCAGUAGCCUGCAGCUACAACUGAAACGAUUCGCAUAAUCUGGCUAAUAACUGCAUGAGGAGUGCCGGCUUGAAAUUACCACAUUAAUUAUGUGACUGUUUGUUAGCGUAAAAUCGACCUGAAGCCGGCAUUCAGCCGAGAUAUUUGAUAGCCGUACUUCCGGUUUUUGUCGUCGGAGGUUUGAAAUGCAUUAUGGGAAACAUAGUAGUAUACUACAGUGUGAACGGUCGACUUUCUAAUCAUACUUAUAGUACGUAGUAUACAGUAUAUACUCAUUGAGAAUGUAGUAUGUAGUACGUUAGUAUGCCAUUUCGGACACAGCCGUGGUUUGAGGCCGUCCUCUGACGUCAUCAGCGUGCGUCCAGCAGCUGAUCCGGUAACAUGGCCCGGUGGUCCCGGACCGCAGCGACCUUGGUGUUCGGAGCAGGGCUCGGAGCCGCUGCGACCCUCCUCCGGAGCGACCGAGGCCGCCGGGAGGAGAAGCAGAGAUGCGGCCUGCUGAGCAGCGUCCCGGUGGUUCCGGUACCGGCGCUACCGACGGUGGAAGCCUCCGAGCUGACGGUGAUUCCAGGCAGCUCAGGAGCAGUGAUGAAGUACGGCUUCCCCUCACUGGCCAACGUUAAGACCAGAGAGUCGUAUGUCACGUCUUACGACCCCCGAACACGCUCGGCAUCAUGGGUAAUAGAGAGGCUAAGCCCCGCCUCCCUGAGCGGUACGUCAGACAGGAAGUACUGCGAUUUCAAAGAGGAUGACAGCAUCCACAUCUUCCACAGGUCGACCAACGCCGACUACAGAGGGAGUGGCUUUGACAGGGGUCACCUGGCUGCUGCGGCCAAUCACAAGUGGAGUCAGAAAGCCAUGGAGGACACGUUCUACCUGAGCAACGUGGCUCCACAGAACCCUCACCUGAACCAGAACACCUGGAACAACCUGGAGAAGCUCUGCCGCUCUCUGACCAAACGCUACCUCAACGUCUACGUCUGCACCGGCCCACUCUACCUGCCCAGGCAGGAGGCUGAUGGGAAACUCUACGUUCGGUACCAGGUGAUAGGACGAAACCACGUCGCCGUGCCGACGCACUUCUUCAAGGUGUUGAUCCUGGAGCAGGUGGACGGCAGGGGGGUGGAGCUUCGUUCCUACGUUUUACCGAAUGAGCCAAUCGAUGAAAAGGUUCCUCUGGAGCGCUUCCUGGUUCCCAUAGAAACCAUCGAGCGAGCGUCAGGACUCCUGUUCGUCCCGAACAUCAUGAAGAAGACGAGCAGCCUGCAGGCCGUCACCCACAGGUGAACUACAGGACCCAUAAUCCCCUGCAGCUGAGGAGGCGACCAAUAAAUACUGAUUGCAUUAUUUUAUUAUGUGGUAAAUCUGUAUUCCGUUAGUUCACCAUGAUCAAUAAAUUUUCAUUAGAAUCUGUUCAAAGAUCUGAUCAAUCUGUUUAUUAUCUGUGAGAUCAAUAAUGACUGCAUAUUGAUCAUCUGACAAUAAGUAACACCAUGUCAAAUAAACCGAACUAAACUUUU